AUGCUGAUUGGGCUCUGCGGCAGCAUUUGUGCGGGCAAACACGAGAUUGCCCACCACCUCAUCCGCAACCAUGCCUUUACAGCCCUCAAGAUCAUCCCUCCUGCCCUCCCUAACCCCUCUCCCACCAUACGCUCCACCUCCACGCUCCCCACUAUUCCCGAGCACGUCUUCCCGACCGCCCAUGCCCUCCUCGACUUCGUCACCAAGCGCUGGCGCGAGCCCUUCGUCACCACCGACAUCUGGGACGACCACAUCCUCGACGUCCUCCGCGUGCGCCCCUCCUUCAUGCUCGUCAGCGUCUCCGCCCCCCUCAUGACCCGCUGGCACCGCUACAACGCCCGCAACGCAACCCAAGGCCUCCCCCCCAUCCCACUCGACGAGUUCGCCGCCGCCUCCGACACACACCUCUACUCCCCGCACGGCCUCUCCUCCAUCGCCGCGCGCGCAACCCUCUCCCUCCUCAACCCCACCACCUCGAUCUCCACCCUCCACACCGCGCUACGCGCCCUCGACCUCACGAACCCAGAGCGCCUGCGCCCCUCCUGGGACGCCUACUUCAUGCGUCUCGCAUCGCUCGCCGCCCGGCGCUCAAACUGCAUGAAGCGGCGCGUGGGCUGCGUGCUCGUGCGCGGGCACCGCGUCAUCAGCACGGGGUACAACGGCACGCCGCGGCACCUCAAGAACUGCAGCGAGGGCGGGUGCGGGCGGUGCAACAGCGCGGCCGAGGGCGGCGUCGGCCUCGACGCCUGUCUGUGUAUCCACGCCGAGGAGAACGCGCUGCUGGAGGCGGGGAGGGAGAGGAUCGGCCAUGGGGCGGUGCUGUAUUGCGAUACGUGCCCGUGCUUGACGUGCAGUAUCAAGAUUGUCCAGGUGGGGGUUGUGGAGGUGGUGUACAGUAAGGGGUACAGUAUGGAUAAGCAGACGGCGGCCGUGCUGGAGGAGGGGGGUGUGGUGCUGAGACAGUAUUCGCCGGUGAGUGGUUCUGUGGACCUGUAG